GUGAGCAGGUAGAGAGUGUCAAUGAGAUCCCAGGGGAGCGAGAGACAGUCCGGGAGGUAGACUUUUGGGACGGUGUCAUAACUGUACACGGUGUCUCUUCACUUUAUCAACUUUAAAUGGAGAUCACACGGAGUUUGGACCACUCUUAACCCGUACUUUUUGUAGUGUUUCUACUCUGUAGCUAAUCGUUGAUGAUUUUGAUAAACAAUUCAUUUUCCCUCGGUGUUCUCGGGAGGAUCGUAUCUAAUUUCUUACAGUGCAGCGGAGGCACUGAACUCAGAGAAAAGCCUGUGUGUUGUGUGUGUGUUUUUUUAGUGAGUUGGUUUAAAUGAGGACCGACUGUAGAAAAUAAGUUGAUGGCUUUGUUAGAGAAGUCUUUCGGACCCAAUAUAAUUACCAAGUAAGUGAAGUUAAGGCAACGGUUUAUUUGCUUGGGUUAAUAAUUAGAUAGAGCGGUGUAUCCUAACCUAUUUAACAACUUUGAGGAUUAUUUUUCGCAACUCUUUGGUUGUAAAAAUAUUACCCAACUUUUUGGCACUGCACUAUCUGUCAACAUGCCUUAUAACUUUCCGGCGGCAACCUGCAACCCAGCCUUUGAAGUUCAAGUUGUCGCUCCACUGCGUUUUUGUGGAUUUAUCCAGAAAAUGUUGCGCCCACAGGAUGUGCUAUCUUCUGACGCUGUUUGUCAACUUGUGUUUGGUCGCAAAAUGUGAUUUAUAAGGUACAGUGACCGAUGUACACUGUAAUAAUAAUAAAUAAAUAAAUAAUAGCAGUUUGGAUACGGAUGAAGAUUAAUACACUGUUGCCAGGACCUGCCCUUCUGGGAGAGGAUACAGCAGCUCAACUAUAACGCAAACACUUUACAAAUGAGGACAUUUGUUGUGUAUUUCAUGAAGACCAGGCUGUUGGAAACCAAUGCACACUUCAAACUCUACACAGUGUGUCUUUGAGCAUGCAAUGUAUCGCCACCAACAUUAAUGACACUGGAUAAAAGUUCAUUCAAGCUUAUUGUAUCUCGGAAGAUAUCGGUUUUCUGUAAGGAAGCGCAUUGUUCCAUGGGGACUGGGCACUGAGUAGCCUAAUAUGCAUUUUCUAUAACGUGUGGAGUUCCAAUAUAACUCUGGUGCUGAAUGGAAGUUUUAGGACAUUCAAACAUGAGUUAUGAUGACAGACCUUCAGCUUUAAAAAUUUGGAUUGUAUCUGUUUAGCAGUAGUCAUCGAGGCGGAAAGAAGAAGUGGGACAUAAAAACACUUUCUCCGUUUGUCUAUCCGCGGUGCUUGCCUGCUUUGAAGUCCACCAUGUGCGGCCGGGCACCGCCGCUACAGCCGAGGCCAUGACCGUCCCCCAGCGGCGCCUGGCCGGGCUCUGGCCGUGGCUGCUCAUGGCGGCCCUGCAGGUGGUGCUGGGCCAGCCGGGCCUGGAGUCCGAGCGGCCGGCCCUCCGAGCUGUCAUCAAGGUGACACUGCUGAAUCAAGAGCAGACGGGGAAGACCAUCACUUUGGAAGGGGUGUUCGUGGGAGGAAGUGCCGGCUACGCGGAGGGAAAAUUAAUGCAGUAUCACCCUCUGUCUCUGUGCAACACAAGCGAGGAUGAACGACAAGAGAGUGACUUCAUCACCAUUGUCAAACUGGAGCACAGGGUACCCCCCUGUCUGCCGCUGCUUGAUAAGGCCCGCAUGGCAUUGGACAAAGGAGCUCAGGCUGUUAUCUUUGAUGUCAGUGAUGAUGCCAACGCUGCUGCUGAGCUGCGAGAAACCGACUCCCUUCCCCGUCCAGUCGUGUUGGUGGAGGCGGAGGAUGCUGAAGAGCUGAUGAGUUUGGUCAACAAGAACGAGGAGGCCAAAGUUCGUAUUGAGAUCAAGGUGGAGCAGCCUAGAUGGCCACAUGAUGUGGGUAUCCUGCUCACCAUUGUCCUAGCUAUUCUGACCAUCGUCCUAAUAUUUGCUUUCCGCUCCAAGUGCAAGUCCAACAGGACCUGGGACUCUGUCCAUCAGCAGACCAUGCGGGCCAUUAGUCGAUUGGAGACCAAAACCUACAGCUCCCAGGGCUGCUCGGGCUCUCAGCACCACCAGGCACCCUGGGGGUCAGCCAGCAGCUCCAACUCGAGUCCUGUAUGUGCUAUCUGCCUGGAGGACUUCCAGGACGGGCAGCAUUUGAGGAUCAUCUCCUGUGCUCAUGAGUUCCACAAAGAGUGCGUCGACCCCUGGCUGCUACAACACCGCACCUGUCCCCUCUGUAUGCACAACAUCAUGGGGACGGAGCGGCAGCCCCAGAGGAACAGACUCCAGCAGAGUCCGGAGCAAAGCCAGAGUUUCCUUCACCCUCAGCCUUACAGCAGCCCACGUAACCACCCCUUUCCCCAGCACGCCAUCCCUUUCUCUAUGAGGCCCCACUAUCCUCGUGGACCCUCUGGACAUUAUCCCUCCCUGGGCCACUACACCGGCUCUUCUCCCGUGGAUGCCCAAACACUACAUUUCCUCACCAGCAGGCCACUUGCGUCCGGCUGUGGGUACCACCUUCCUGCAGAGGGUCCCGGGAGGCCCCACAGGAUUGGAGGUAACUGCAGGACUUCCACUCACCACUACACCCCACGUCGGUCCUGCCACAACUAUCGCUCAUCCUGUCCGGCCCAGCGCAGUGCAUCCAGCUCAAGACUGCACCACACCGCCUCCGUCACACCACAGCCGCGUGGAGUGCCGGCCCAUAGCCGGCAGGACGACGGCAGCUGCUCGGGUGGCAGCUACCACACAGAACGCAGCGGAUACUUGGCUGAUGGGCCAGCCAGUGACUCCAGCUCAGGACCAUGCCACGGCUCCUCCAGCGACUCAGUUCUCAACUGUACUGACGUGUCCCUGCAGGGGGUUUAUGGCAGCUGGUCCACCUUCCGUAGCUCUCUGAGCAGUGACUAUGAUCCGUUUGUGUAUUACGGGCCAGGGCCUGGGCGCGCCCCUCGCAGGAACAGCCUGGAGGCCGAUGCCCAGGCCCGGCCCAGGUCUCUGGAUUCUGUGGUGAACAAAGCGGGCUGCCCCGAGGAGCAGCCGCAGACUGUGUUCAGCCACAUCCACUACCACCGCCACAGACACCACCACUAUGAGGAGGGGGAGCACAGCCAGGGCCCGAGCAGAGGCUCGGACGAGGAGCAGGGGGGCGCUGCUGCUGCUGCUGCUGCAGCAGCACCUGCUCCUCUUGUCCUGGACAAAGACUUGCCUGUCUGCCCUCCUAAGCACAGCACCUGCCAGUGCCCAAAGCCAGACCCCACAGAUCGGCCCAGUCCUGGGACAGAGUGUCAGGACCAUGACCCCAGCAGCCCUGCAGGACCUCCUGUCCUGGUGUCUCCAAUCCCUUUACAGCUUCAACCCCACUGCUGCCACCAGGGGCACGGACACCCUCCCGCUCCUCUUGGGCGAGUGGGUGGCUGUGUGCUUGAUGGGCCCUCUGUUCGCUUCCACCAGAGCCUAGAUCUGCAGGAUGACCGUAGCAUCCACAUCCACUACGGCCAGGGCCCGGGCUUCUGCUGCUCCCCUCCGGAGCUGCACCCUGCCUUGCUCCCCGUGCCCCUCAUUCUGGACUCUGGAGGUAUGGAGGACUGGCCUUGCUAUGCCGGGGCCCAUGUUGUGUGGCAAAAGCGGGUGCAGCAGGCCCGCUCAGAGCCUCAGCUCUUGGGGCCUGGGACCUCUAUGGACAGGCCACCCUGCAGGUUCCACCACGGCCCUGCUGCAGACCGCAACACAGACAUUUGUUUGUACUGCCAAACAUUACACUACAAUCAGGGAUCAGAAGAGGAGUCUGGCGUGUGAGAACUUGUUGCAUCCCCAUUAUCACGCUGCUACACAGGAGCCAGAAUGGACAAGCCUCUCAUUGGCUAUCGCUCUCAUGUCUUCCGCAUAAUUCCACCAGCAAUGCCUCGGUUCAGCCGAUUCCCCAGCUCCCCCCAGGAUUCAAAGCUCACAUGCUGGAAUGCUCUUUCAGCUGAGUCAGAUUGAAAAUGAUUGUGAUUAAAUCAUGCUUACAUUUUUAGAAUAAUGUUAGACCCUUUAUAAUGUUGUAUAUGGAAAUAUAUUGAAUGAUUUGGGAGUUGCUGGGGAAACAACUCAUACACCACCAAGGGGGAAAAGUGUUUUUCUGUGUUUCUGCUCGUCAGUUAUAGGAAGAUUAUUCAUCACCCGGGUUCAAUGUUUAAAGGUUUUUUUCCACUUGUCCGGUCGGAAACAAAAAAAUCUACUUGCCCGAAGUCAAUUUUUACUGGCCCCUAUACAAACUGUUCUUUUCGAAAGAGAAAAAACGUGGACAUUUCUUUUUGAAAAAACUUUUUUUUAAACCGUCAAAAGCACCUCAAAUCAUUCAACAAGCAUUCUUUGGACGGGGGCAAGAGAACGACAACCUCAUUUAUGAUGCGAUGAUGCCCGAAACGGGCAAGUGGGUUGUUUUAUUUACUUUCCGGCCUUGGCGUUUUUGCUUUCCCCGGGCCAUCGGGCACCUAACUGUUGAACCCUGAUCACCGACAUGAUAUCACAAGUUCCCAUGCUCCCAAGCAACAAAUGAUCCUCGCUUAGGGCGUUGAGCCCUCGUGAAGUGAGACUCCAUCUCUGCAUUGCUCACUCUAUUGCAAAAUAACUUGAUUUAUUUUCAGAGGUACUUACUUCCACCAGCGUGAUCUUUGUCUUCCUUCGCUGAGUCCAGUCUCAGCUGAGAGAAGCUUUUCUCUCCAGCCUACCUCAGCUCAAAUUUCUUAACAUGCCUCACACAACGGGGGUCUUUAAAGGUACUGCUGUAAAUGUUUUAAUUUUUUUUUUUUUUGUCACAACCAUGUAGCUCCCAUAAACUCAACAAAAAGUGAUCCUCUUGGCAGUCUGUCCAAACGGAGAGAAAGCUUGAUGCUCAGCCCCUCAGACAGACAGCAUUCGCUGAGGUUGCUGGGCCUUGCAUGGGCCUUGUUUCAAAUAAUGGCAGCUGUUUUCAACUUGUUUGUUUGUGUUUUGGAUCAUUUUCUGUUUCUUUUUUUUUAGUCCGUAAUUGUUUUGUUUUUUAACCUUUCAAAAUGAACCGGUUUGACUGAAUUAUGUCGUCGUCAUUACAAGCUAUUGCCUUGUUCUUGUCAUUUCUCUUGCCAGUGCCUACUUCACAUGUUUGACCCCGGUGCUGUUAAACCGCCUGAUCAGUGCAGAGUAAACAGGCCUCAUCACAAGGAUGCUGCUCCUUCAAUGCCUAAUUCAUCACAAUGUUGUAUUAUCAUCCAAAAAGGAUAUAUACCCAUCCAGCAACUAAAGCUCUAAAACAUUGCAGCCAUAGAAACGUGAUAGUGACUAUAUUUAAUGAUACAGUAUAACUGGAGUAAAGCCAUGCUCGGUAGACCUUACAGUCCCAAGCAUCAGCUCAGUCUGUUGCCGUAGCAACAGUUUAACGAAAGCUCAGUGUGCCUUUUUCCCACGAUUUUCAAACUGUAAUGGGUAGAGCCUGAGAAAUGUCUCAGGAACAAUCAAACACUGGAAUAAAUGGGAAGAAUACAUCCUAGUUACAGUAAUGAUACCCGAGUUGGUAAAAGAUCCUUUGUCGUGGUAAAGGUGCAUUGCCAAUUUCUACUUUGAAAGAGCCAGCUUGAAUCAAAAAUCAAACACAGUAUUUCAAAGAUGUUUUUUCAUUCAGUUAAGUCAUUUUCAAAAAUGUUUAACCAUCUCUCCAAAAUAUAAACGACAAAUCAAGGCUUUAAAUCUCUGUUACCUACUAUUCCCUCUCCUCCUACUUAGCCACUGUGGCAGACUGACAGACAGAAAAAAAGUGUCUAUAUCCCAGCGAAAUGACUCUGAACACUUUAACGGUGUAGAUAAAAGUCAAAGAUGUCUCUCUUAUUUUCGGGUUAACCACAGACUUCUUCAUGCCCGCAUGUACAUGGCUAAAUAAUCAGAGAUCAGAGCUAUAGGAAUUUUGUUCUAGCGUGGACUUUCCCUUAAAGGCUCUUAAAGUCAAAAUGUGAAAGAAGCAGUCAGACUUCAGAUACAGUUUAACAGCAGACAAAGAGCUCAUGGGUAUUGCAAUGUAACCAGUAGCACUUACUAAAGCCUCAUAUGUGCCUUAUUCAUUCAAACUGUUCAUAAUC